GUCGGAAAAAAAAUGGGAAGACAUGGGGAGAUGAAUGGGGAAUGAUUCAACAUUCUGAAGUUGAAUAAAGUUCUAGUGAUUUUACCUUAUUGAAUUCGAUUCUUUGUGUAUUUGGCUCUGACACUUAUUCUAUUCAGACGUCUCUGCUGGACUUCAUUGUUUUGGUGAAUUUCUUUUGCUUGACAUAUAAUAAGAUGUUAUCUCAGUAAUCUUGAAUUCUGCAAUGGAAAGAAAACACAGAAAAUGAUUUUGUUUUUUUUUCUGUACUUUGAUUUCUCUGACCCAUUACUCAAUUUAGCAUUUGGGUUUGUCAAAGGGACUCCACACUCACUUGUUUCAGUUGAUUUGUACAUCAAAUUGUAAUGUUAUUUGGGCACUUCUUCAAGGAAGUCCAAAUGGACUUCUCCUUACUGUGAAAGUUUUUAUUCGGAAACUAAAUAUGUUGUCCAAUUGAUCCAAGUCCAUUCCAGAGAAAUUUUAACUAAUUCUCGAAGCACCCGAGUUUUGCAUUGCAAUCAUUUGUUGAAGCUCUUGAUCAAAUUCAAUUUGAUGCCAGUCGAACUGAUGCCCCUGAAUUGCUGUUUGCAGCUAUGUUGAUGUCGCGUUCCAUCUUAAUAUUUCUGUUCUUUUCGCUAUUGUCUUUCACUUCAAUCCAAGGCACUACUCUGACCAAAUCUAGAGGUGAGAGAAUUACAGCACGCCACGGUGCGGUUGCCACGGAUGAUGGGCGAUGCUCGAGAAUCGGGAGGAAUGUUCUUCGUGAAGGAGGGCAUGCUGUUGAUGCAUCAGUUGCCGCUGCUCUUUGCCUGGGUGUUGUGAGCCCUGCUUCAAGUGGUAUUGGUGGAGGUGCAUUUAUGCUUAUCAGGCCAGCCCAAGGGAAGGAAGAAGCCAUUGACAUGAGAGAAAGUGCUCCCAUGUUAGCUUCCCAGAACAUGUAUGCUGGAAAUGCUGCUCUAAAAGCCAGUGGUGCACUCUCAGUAGCAGUCCCUGGAGAACUUGCUGGCCUUCAUAAAGCUUGGAAACAAUACGGAAAGCUUCCAUGGAACAGGCUCGUAAGCCCAGCUGAGCAUCUUGCUCGAAAUGGAUUCAAGAUUUCGCGGUAUCUCCACAUGCAAAUGGUGAAAACAGAAUCUGGUAUCAUGGUAGAUAAGGGACUUCACGACUUAUUUACAUCAAAUGAGACCCUCUUGAAGCCAGGCGAUAUUUGUUACAAUAAAAAACUGGCGAAGACACUCAGAGCGAUUUCAGAAUAUGGCGUGGAAGCGUUUUACAAUGGAUCGGUUGGAUUGGAUUUGGUUAGAGAUGUUCAGAAGGUUGGAGGUAUAUUGACCAUGGAGGACUUGCAGAACUAUCGAGUUAAACUGAGAGAACCAAUAUCUGCAGAUGUUCUUGGCCUUAAAAUACUUGGUGUGCCUCCUCCUUCUGCAGGAGGAGCUGCAUUGGUGCUUAUACUAAACAUUCUUGCUCAAUAUGGAGUUCCAUUUGACUUUGGCCCCCUCGGGAUCCAUAGAGCAAUCGAAGCUCUGAAACACGCGUUCGCUCUCAAGAUGAAUCUUGGUGAUCCAGAUUAUGUCAAUGUAAAAGAAGUCGCUGCUGAUUUGCUGUCACCUAAAUUUGCUGCUGAGUUGAAGAAAACCAUAUACGAUAAUAUGACUUUCAAUUCCAGUCAUUAUGGUGGCCAUUGGAAUCCGAUCUAUGAUCACGGCACCAGCCACAUGUCCAUUGUAGACAGUGAAAGAAAUGCAGUUUCCAUGACCAGUACUGUAAAUUCAUACUUUGGUGCACAAAUUCUGUCACCAAGUACGGGGAUAGUCCUUAACAAUGAAAUGGAUGAUUUCUCCAUGCCAGUGAAUGCUUCUGCAGAUGUUCAACCACCAGCACCUGCCAACUUUAUUCAUCCAGGCAAGAGACCAAUGUCAUCCAUGACACCCACACUUGUCCUUCAGGGUAAACACUUGAAAGCAGUUUUAGGUGCAAGUGGAGGAGCCAUGAUUAUUGCUGGGACAGCAGAGGUAUUCUUGAAUCAUUUUGUCAAGGGAAUGGAUCCACUCUCUUCUGUCAUGGCUCCAAGAGUAUAUCAUCAGCUGAUUCCUAAUGUGCUUCAGUAUGAGAAUUGGACCACAGUGAUUCGUGAUCACUUUGAAGUUCCUAAAGAGACAAGGAAAGCCCUUCAAAAAAAAGGCCAUGUCCUAAAAGGUCUUGCUGGUGGGACCAUUUGCCAAUUUGUAGUUCAAGAGUUACAGGCUUCAAAUUUCGGGGAGCUUGUUGCUGUGAGUGACCCAAGAAAGAAUGGGUUUCCAGCUGGUUUCUGAGGAUAUGUAGUGCUUAUGUACCUAUCAUUUUGAAAAUGAUUGAUGCGCUUCUCUCUCUCUCUCUCUCUCUCUCUCUCUCUCU